AUGGACGGCUUACGCAGCCUCUUACAGCAGGCAGGGUACUCGACAGGAGAUGUGCAGACCCAUCUUGACUAUUUGGAUGGCCGUGGCAUUCAAUGCGUUAGAGACCUUCGCGAGCAGCUGCAGGAGGGCACUGGGCUCGAUGAACUUGGCUUUCCAGCCACUUCAUUUCGACGGAAGUUGAAUCUGCUGAUCACGAAACAGCGCAUGAUUGAGCAUUCCUGGAAUGAUAUUCAGAUUGCACACAGCUUGUCGCAGGUGGCAUACCAAACUAAAAACGAUCAAGUCUUCCAUGACUUUGACCGCAAGUUUCAACCGUUAUUUCUGGACUUGCUAGAGUGCAGAGCAACAAAGCAAAGGUAUGCAAUUGCCGUUGUGCAGCGGCAGCGGAGCACACCUUCGUGUUUUGAUGCUGAAGCACAGGCACAGCGGGCUCUCUAUGUCGCAUUUGCUGGAACACGCAAUUACGACGACUGGAAAACCAAUUCGAGUGCCGUGCACAGACCCGAUACAGACGUCGGAGGCCUUGUCCACGCAGGUUUUUCUCGCCGAGCACGACAAGUCAGGUUCCACGGCCUGAAGCGGAUUGCUACCGCAUACGAGUGUCAGGCAGUGGUCUUCGCAGGCCAUUCCUUAGGCGGAGCAGUGGCCCAUCUUGCCGCCCUGCAGGCUCUGAAUUUGCGAUUGUUUGGCGAGACCAUGAAGGUGUUGUCUGUAGGCAUUGGUGCUCCCAUGUGCGCUGCUCCAGGGCUUGUUCGGGAUAUGAGAAUCGAACAGUGGACCAGCAAGUUCUUGACGAUCGCGAAUGACGAAGAUCCGGUGCCGGCACUGUUGAACAUAGCAGACACUCUACAACAGUUUGGACGAGAUGCAGAAGCACUCGGCAAUGGUGUUUGUGCUUCUGUUUUCGAACUGCUCAGCGCGCUACCACUUGGUGAUGGAAUCCCGCAGCUUGCUGGUGCGGUAGGACGUGUGAUUAGCGCUAUGAGCUCAUUGGAAAGCUACCAAGGGGUGCAGUCUAUUUUGCAAAAGUUGCAGUUGGCAUACAUGCCUUUGGGCAUGUAUUUCAUUCUGAAAAAUCUCGAGGAAACGCGAUCAGUGGAGGUGCAUGAAGGUCAAGACUGCAAAGACAUCCUUGGCGGGGCGAGGCUUCUAACUUCGACAUCUGUCUUGAACCAUGAAGGUUUGAUCCAGCACGGUCUUGCAAAAUACUGGCAUGCGGUGAAUUCUCCCGAGCUCCAGAGUAAAUGUCCAGUCUCCGGCAAGUUGACUGGCCGGGGCGAAGUUAAAGUGUCUUCGAUUGAAUUUGGCAUCGAGACUGCUCAGAUCGAAGCACACAAUGGCGAACUGACUCUACAUUUGGUGGGGGAUGGUUUAGACUUCGUGGCACCCUCUGCCGUCAAGAUGGCCGACAUUCCGGACCUAAUCUGGAAAGUGGUGCACUGCAGCAAAGCUUCUCUUGUGCUUCGUGCUGCCUUUACGGGCCAGCAAGCACCAGCACAGGCUCACGUCACCGUCUGGCCAGAUGUAUGCAGUGAGGGGACCCGAGUUGUGGCACAGAGAUUGGCGACCACUCUGCCCGAAGCUUCUGCAAACCAGUAUGAAUUCAGCGAGAAUUUCUUCAAAGCUAUGAUGAAGAGCGCUUGGACUCAGAAACUCGUGCUACGUACCUCAGACGAGGAUAACACUGUGCUGCAAGCAUUACAGCGUGUAGACAAAUUGGCGGGGCCAGAUUUGUUGUACGACGUCAUGAAUGAAAACGAGCAGCCGCGCCUCAGAACGUUCGAUCAAUGCAUUGCACAGGUGAAAAAUCCGCGAAGGCUUCACGAGGUUGGGGAAGGACGGGACAGCGAAGCUCACGUUGAGCAUGUUUUGCAGUGGUUGUGUCCGGAACAAGGGCAUGUGCUGCUGACAGGGCAGCAGAUAGCCGGCAAGGUGGGCAUUGCAGCAGCAGCCACACUUGUUUGCAUCGCAAUCGUUGCAUCCGGCGGUCUUGGGCUUGUCGGUGCAGCUCUGGGCUAUUCGGGCUCUCUCACUGGCGGCUGGGGCACUGCAACCCUCAUUGCAACAGCUUCUGCUACUGGCAUACACCUGCUGCGCAGCAAGGUGAGCGGGCGCUACCAAGAGCUGCUGCGAGAGAUGCAUACCUGGACAGGGGCAAGAACCGCCCUGCAGGGUAAUGAUGAGUAUGAGAUGGAAACUGCCCUGAUCGUGAAAGUAAACGACCGAAAGCGUCGAGAUCAAGCAUCAUUUCCAGGGCCCUGGCAUGGCCAUGCCACGAAGCAGUCACAGGAGCUGCUAGAGCAGCUCUAUGAGGCAGUGGUGGAGAUUCACCGCAUGAAGAAGGCGGGACGAGACCUCAAAGUGGUUGCCAUUCUUGGUCCCCAGAAGAGUGGCAAAUACUUGCUUGCCUCACAACUGAUGAUGGAUACAAAACUCGCAGUUGAAUCAGAUGUGAGCAAAAACACGCGGGAAUGCCCGCCCCAUGCAUUUACAAGUAGAGUUGCUCUGAUUGACGCGCCGGGUCUGACGAGCACAGAGGCAUGCCUGCAGUCAGCAUACUACAAUGGUCCGCACUCUGUGUCUUCUGUCUUCCUCUAUAUCCGUCCCUUUACAAAUACGGCAGAAAGCUUUGAUGCUGAAACCAUCUACAAGGUUCUCAUGACCUCGAACCUGAAGUCACCUUCGCUGCUCAUCUGCCUGAACAAGGCCAAGACUUUACAGAGAGAUGGCAAAGCAGGGAGGUACUACGACGCGCAGACGCUCCGGACUCUCAGAGAUGACUUCCUUCGUCGGGUGAGAGAGGAUGCCAGACAGAAGGCAACAAACAGCUCUGGAUUCGCCGCAUUCUGGGCGGACAGGUUUGAUGCGAGGUUUGCAGCCAAAUGGAACAACGUUGAGAUCGUCUUCUCUGACCUCGGGACAGGAUUUCUGCCCGGCGACGUCCCAGAGGGUCUCAAGAAGUUCAUGCAAGACGAGAGGGAGGUAUGGAAUGCGAGCGGCAUUGGCAAGUGGGUCAGGCAAGCGCUCGGGGGGCAGGAUCCAGAUCUCGACAAGAGGGUGGAAGCCAUCAACCGGGAUGUGUGGCAGCAGAUGUUCAAUGCAUGA